UCCGUCUGCAAGGUCACAGCUGCUGCAGCCGCGGAGGGCGGAGCGCCUCACCCUGCCUCGGUGCUGGCUGUCUCCUCCUCGUACCAGAGGUUUAUACUGAAGGACGAGCAGAUCAGGCCUGAGCAAGGUGCAAAGGAUUAGUCUGGCCUUGUCAUUUUAUUGUGAGCUCCAUUUGCAUAUAAACACCUCCAGUUGAGCUAAGAGUGGAGAAAAAGCUGAGAGAGCAUGAAUUCCCAGACUGGGCCACCAGUCCGGAUGUUAUUGGGUGAGAGAGGUAAAAAUAACCGUGACAGCCUCUCGCCACUUGGUCGCGUCAAUCACAGGCCCAAACAAGAUGGCAGGCUGCGGGAGCGGGCUCUUCUUCUUAACAGUUUGUGCUGCCAGCUUGUUUGGGGCCAAUGCAGAGAUCAAGUUCACCAUUCCUGUGGGGAAGUUUUUCACGUACGAGCUGAUGAGAGAGACUUUCCAGAAUGACUUUGAGCCUCUGUCAAAACUUUACGCUGGGUUCCUGUACGACGACCCCAUGACUUUUAAGUGCAACCAGCAGGGUUUCCCCGACCUGCCAGAGUGGCUGCGCUUCACCCAGCGCCAUCCCUACGACAACGGCUUCCUGUACGGCACGCCAACGUCUCCCGGAAAGAGCGUCAUCGAGAUCUUUGCCGUGAACAAACGCAGCUAUGAGACAGCCAGACACAUCCUGGUGCUCAAAAUCACCGCAGAGAAGAUGCUGCCUUAUCAGGCCGAGUUCUUCAUCCAGCUGCGGGAGAUCGAGAAGGUGCUGCCCCCUCCUGUCCAGGACGAGAUCAAGCAGGACCUGCAGAAGCUGUGGGACACUGAAGCCCUGGAGAUAGUCAACAUGUCCAACGCUCUGGACCGCGGCGGCAGAGUCCCUCUUCCUCUGGCGGGGCACUUUGAGGGUGUGUACGUGAAGGUGGGGUCCGAGGAGUACUUCUCCGAGUGUCUGCUGAGCGUCUUGACUCCAGAGCACCAGAGGCAGUGUGCGGCCGGGUCAAAGGUCAAGGUCCCCGGAGAAUGCAACUUCUGCAACAUUCCCAGCAACUGUAUCACCUGGUGCAGCACGGAGCUGAUCGACCUGACCCAGCGGGAGCCGGAGCCGCCUGCUCCCACGGUGGGCUCGGGGAUUUUGGAGGCCGGAGAGGACUUCAGCCCCCCGGAGUCCCCCCCCAGCAGGGACUACUUCCCGGACUACAUGGUGACGGUGAUCGUGCCGCUGAUCCUGGCCGUCGUGCUGUGCCUGCUGCUGGCCUACAUCAUGUUCGGCAGACGGGAGGGACUUGCAAAACGGAACGCAAGAACGGACCAGAUUCAGCUGUACCACCACCAGACCAUCCACGGGAACACGGAUGAGCUGCGGGGAAUGGCGGCGAACCGCGGCGUCCCGCCGCCGCUCUCCACGCUGCCCAUGUUCAACAGCCGCACCGGGCAGCGGGCGUCGCCGCUGCAGUCGGACAGUCCCAGCAUCCCCCUCAUCCUGGCCCAGCAUGACCCCUACAGCGACACGCUGCCCAGGAAGCGGGAGCAGCGAUGGAUUCACGGAGUGGAAUUCAGUUUGUAUCUGCAGUGAGACGAGAUGUGUUUGGAUUUCCUUUAUAGUGUGCUCUGUCUCACACUCGUCUUUGAAACUCUGUUUUCUUUUGUCUUUCAUCUCAAAUAAUAAUG